GCCCCGCCGGAAAGAGGCCAGGACAGACGGACAAGGAUGGACAGAUUCCGGAUGACUGCUGGCCCAGUCUCCCUUCUGGCGUGUCUGGUCCCGCGGCCGGUUCAGGCCCAACCCUCGGCCCAGAGGAAGCUGUGGCUGGUGGGGCUUGGGGCCGUGCUGGCCGCCCUCUUCCUCAUCUUCGUCCUCAUCAUGGUCUACGCCGUCUGGUGCAGCCAGUCCCGCGACAGCAAGAAAGAGAAGGAAGAGGUGACCAUGGGAGAGGAGGAGAAAGAAACAGAGGGCAAUGGGGGGCUGGAGCUGGAUGAGAAAGAGGGGCCUCCAGACCACGAAAGAGUGGCGAGCUCCUCUGAAUGAAGUCGUCCCACCUGCCUCCUCCAGGCAGGCCUCCCGGGGACGCCCAAUGCCUGCUCUGCACCCUACAAGCAAAGACCUGGUCCUGGGGCCAGCAAAAUUAUUCCAUGUGGGGUUCAGGUGAAGUGUCCCUGAAAGAGGAGCGCUCAGGCCCUACCCCAAGUAACCCCCUUUGCGUUUACCUGGGCAUUUUUGCACCCCCUUCCCAAGCACCCCCUCCCCCUUUGAGCCCGGAAGAGAUCUGGUGGGGGCAAGCCGUGCAAAGGCCCUGCAGUGUUUUCCGGGCCCCAGAGCAGGUCCAGCCCUCGGGCUGUCUUGCUUUUGUUUUGUUGCUCCUGGGCCUGAACUUCGGGGGGCGGGCAGCACGUGGCCGUUUCCUGGGAGCCAAGGGCCCUCCGACCGCGCGCUGGUUUUCUAGUCACUGUCUGCUAGCUGUGCCUGGGUGCGGGUGCUGAGGGUGGGAGGAGACGGCGUCCUCACCCCCUCUGACCGUGCUGCACUCCUGCGGGCGGCUGCAGAGAAGGCUUGAACUCCAAGCGUCCAUGCUGUGUGGCCCUAAGCAUGUAACUUAACCUCUCUGUGCCUAAGUGUCUUGUCCUGUAAAAGGGGGAGGACAGUAACUUGAUCCUUUCUAAGUUGUCAUGAGGAUUAAAUGAAAUACUGUCCACAAAAAUCCCGAGCACAGAACCCCCGGAACCCAAACGGUGUCUAAUAAAUGUCAGCUUUUUGUUAU